GGAUGCGUGGACGAGCGGGCCACACUGCAGGCGUUCCCUAGGGCCGCCCGGCGCUACGCGCAAUAAACGUUUUGAUAGCCGACUUCCCGGUGGCAGAGAGUGGCUAAUUCUGCGCGCGGGCUCCACGGGGUGCCGGGAGGUGCUGACUCGGCCCUAAUCGCCCGGAGCCGCCCAGACUACGCGCAAGUGCAACUUCCGCACCUUCCCGCAGCUGCAUCCGGCCUCGAGGCCACGCUGGUGCACAUGCGCACAAGCUCCUUAGUGUCCCUUGGGAGGCGGGGCCUGCGAGAAGGCGCUGAUCUGAGGGCUGAGAUCAUUCUUGGAGGCGAGGCGUGUGUGACCCCGCCCUUCGACAGCCUUCCUCCAAUGAGACGACAGCUAGAUCCUGGCUGUCUACGUUUCAGUGUUAACGGUUGCGGCGCGGACACUGGUUCCGGCGCACGCACACUCAUAUACGGGCGCGCACGCGUACACGCGCUUGGGGCGGUGGUGGGAGUCUACCGGUGCACCGGAGCUGGCGGGCUGGCGGGCGUGGCGAUGGGUGAGGCGGACGCGGGAACGCCUUCCUUCGAGAUGACUUGGAACAGCACGACAAGCAGUGGCUACUGCAGCCAGGAGGACUCGGACUCAGAGCUCGAGCAGUACUUCACUGCGCGUACCUCGCUGGCGCGCAGGCCGCGUCGGGACCAGGAUGAGCCCGUGGAGUGGGAGACACCUGACCUUUCUCAAGCUGAGAUCGAGCAGAAGAUCAAGGAGUACAAUGGCCAGAUCAACAGCAACUUGUUCAUGAGCCUGAACAAGGAUGGCUCCUACACAGGCUUCAUCAAGGUUCAACUGAAGCUGGUGCGCCCUGUCUCAGUUCCCUCCAGCAAGAAACCACCCUCCCUGCAGGAUGCCCGGCGAGGCCCAGGGCGGGGCACAGCUGUGAAACGCCGCACCUCCUUCUACCUGCCCAAGGAUGCUGUCAAGCACCUGCACGUGUUGUCACGCACGCGGGCACGUGAGGUCAUCGAGGCCCUGUUGCGCAAAUUCCUGGUGGUGGAUGACCCUCGCAAGUUUGCACUCUUUGAGCGGGCUGAGCGCCAUGGCCAAGUGUACCUCCGGAAGCUGUCCGAUGAUGAGCAGCCCCUACGCCUCCGGCUCCUUGCAGGGCCCAGUGAGAAGGCCCUAAGCUUUGUGCUGAAGGAGAAUGACUCUGGGGAGGUGAAUUGGGACGCUUUCAGCAUGCCUGAGCUACACAACUUUCUGCGCAUCUUGCAGCGGGAGGAAGAGGAACACCUCCGCCAGAUCCUGCAGAAGUACUCCUAUUGUCGCCAGAAGAUCCAGGAAGCCCUGCACGCCUGCCCCCUGGGGUGACCUCUUGUACCCUGGGGUGGAAGGAGGAGAGUAGGCAGCGCCAAGGGCAUGCCGUGUGAGUGUGCAAAGGCCCCUGUGGCCUGAGGAAUGAGUGUGCAUGGAGGCCCUCUCUUGCUGGGGGAACGAGCCCAGAGAACAGCGAAGGAGCUGGCCCCCUGUGUCCACCAGUGGGUGGAGCAGAGCAUGGUUCUUCACCCUUCUGCCUGUCACGUACUGGGUCAUGGUGGGCCAGGGUUGCCCUGAGAAGCUGCUCCAGGCUUGCAGCAUGGGUAGAGGAGACAGAAGUCUCUUUAAAUUUGUGUCUCAGAUAUGAGAAUCUUGGAGACCCUCCAAACAGAAUAGGGUCGUUUGCAGGGAUGGGGGCCCUUGUCUAUGCAGAACGGUUGUGUGAUUUGGGUCUUUGAUGGGGGAGGGGGGUGUCUCAGGAUAGCCCUAUCAGAACCAAGGUUGGGUGUUCAAGAUAAGACAGGCAUCAAGGAAGAGUCUAGGGUUCCCUCUCUAGCACCCUCUGACCCCUUACACACCUUCAGGUCAGGGAGUGCUGGCUAAGGGUGCAGCAAUAGUGCCUCUGCCUCCUCCAAGGAGGAUGUCCCCGGGCCAGGCUCUCUGUGAAUGUGGGCAAUGGCCCAGGUGUCUGUGCCUUGUUUGCCAGUCAAAGCCAGGGUCUUUCCCUUGGGUAUUUUUGAUGAUGUGUGCGAAUGUAUGUACUGUUUUGUGGCCUCAGCUGAAUGCCUCCUGUGGGGAAAAGGGUGGGGGUGACAGUCAUCAGGGCCUGGGGUCUGAGAGAAUUGGCUAAAUAAAGAUUUAAGAAUU